AUGUCGUCGUUUACUCGGGUCCUGCGCCCUGCCCUGAGGGGAGGACGAGGUCUUACACAGCGCGUCGCCACCGCUCCCCGUUGCAUGACGAGGAUAAGCCCCAACCUUGCCCGACCUCUGUCCACCACAGCCCCCCGUCGCAAUGACCACAUCGACAUCUCCGAGAUCCCCCCCACGCCCAUCUCGCACCUCUCAGAAGUCGAGGCCGCCAUGGCCGACACCGUCUCCAAGUUCGCCACGGAUGUUAUCCUCCCCAAGGCCCGCGAGAUGGACGAGGCUGAGGAGAUGGACCCUGAGAUUGUUGAGCAGCUGUUCGAGCAGGGUCUCAUGGGUGUUGAGAUUCCUGAGGAGUAUGGUGGUGCUGGCAUGAACUUCACCUCUGCCAUUAUUGGAAUUGAGGAGCUCGCCCGCGCUGAUCCCUCCGUGUCUGUCCUUGUCGAUGUGCACAACACCCUGUGCAACACUGCCAUCAUCAACUACGGUUCCCCGGCCUUGAAGAAGAAGUGGCUCCCCCGCCUCGCGACCAACACGGUCGCCUCCUUCUGUCUCUCUGAGCCCGUCUCUGGCUCCGACGCUUUCGCACUGGCCACCAAGGCCACCGAGACGGCCGACGGCUUCAAGAUCAACGGCGGCAAGAUGUGGAUCACAAACUCGAUGGAGUCGGGCCUCUUCAUCGUCUUUGCCAACCUCGACCCCAGCAAGGGCUACAAGGGCAUCACCGCCUUCCUGGUCGAGAAGGGAACCCCCGGCUUCUCCAUCGCCAAGAAGGAGAAGAAGUUGGGUAUCCGCGCCUCGAGCACCUGCGUCAUCAACCUCGACGACGUUGUUGUGCCCAAGGAGAACCUCCUUGGUGAGCGCGGCCACGGUUACAAGUACGCCAUCAGCCUGCUCAACGAGGGUCGCAUUGGUAUCGCCGCCCAGAUGACUGGUCUGGCCCUCGGUGCCUUUGAGAACGCUGCUCGCUACGUCUGGAACGACCGCAAGCAGUUUGGCCAGCUCGUCGGUGAGUUCCAGGGCAUGCAGCACCAGAUCGCCCAGUCCUACACCGAGAUCGCCGCCGCCCGCGCCCUCGUCUACAACGCCGCUCGCAAGAAGGAGGCCGGUGAGGACUUUGUCAAGGACGCCGCCAUGGCCAAGCUCUACGCCUCCCAGGUCGCCGGCCGUGUCAGCGGUCUCGCCGUUGAGUGGAUGGGCGGCAUGGGCUUUGUGCGUGAGGGUCUUGCCGAGAAGUACUUCCGUGACAGCAAGAUUGGUGCCAUCUACGAGGGUACCAGCAACAUUCAACUCAACACUAUUGCCAAGCUGCUCCAGAAGCAGUACACUUCUUAG